AAGGGGCUUUGUCAACGCCACAACAAAAGCCUUGUACUUCACUUUGUACUGAAAACACUGUACUGAAGACUACACAGCCAUGGAUAGAUUCUUUCAUACAAUGUAGGGAAUUAUGGGACUGUGAGAAUUAGCAGAAUUUUGCAAAAUGGCAGACUUACCACAUGUUUUUGAAGAAGAGGAUGCAAUGCCCAGUGAAAUUUUGGAGAUUAUCAGAGGGAUCACACCUAAAGCUUUGCAAACACUAGAAGAGCCCUGCAAUGAGACAGACGCGUGGUCCAUGGAGGAGGGAGAUGACUCUGUGUUCUACAGUGAUGAAGAUACACCUCAGCAGGUCGGCAUUUUGGAGACAAGGAGACCACUCAACAGUGAGGCUGAUGAGAUACCACUGCAGGAGGAUGAACAACUGGAAGAAAAUAAUGAAACUGUACAAUGUAUAACACAGCAGAAAGAGAAAAGAGACAAUGAGCAUAAAAUAGAAUACACAAAUCUAUGCAGCACAAUCUCUGAGAUGUUAGUGAGUGCACCUGAUGAAGUUGGCCAGUUGAUAAACAUAAACCUGGCAGUGCAGUCCUCAACCAAAGAUUUUUCUUCAUCAUCCAAAGAACCAGCAGCUUCAAACCAACUGUCUGGCACUUACCAACCUUCACUUGAGGUGUAUCGGGCCCCUGAGAAAGACCAGAGCCACCUCCAACAUGGCUUCCAGGCUCCCAGUGAGAGCCAGUCCAUUCCAGCUUUAAGUAAGAAGAAAUCAAGCCACCCCAAGUCCUUUAACCACCUCACGUCCUCCAAGUACAGCACCCUGUCCUACCGCAGGAUCCGCCGUGGAAACACUAAGCAGAAGAUAGAGGAGUUUGAGUACAUGAUUAUGAACUUGUAACAAUAAUAAAUCUUGGGUGAUCAAAAUAACACAAAAAUAUAAUGAAUUCCAGCUUUGGAGUCUAUCAUUUCAGUAUACAAAAUGACCACAGGCAUGUAAUUAUU